AUGGAGCACGACAAGCGACGACCAAGUCGAAAACCCGACUCCCGGCUGGGGAAGCUGAGACAGCGGUUCGCCAAGGCCGUGGCAGCGCCACCGAGGAAGCCGCAACGGGUCCUCCCGCCGGAAGCAACCCCGCGCAAGAUUCCGGCCCCGACACCACCGAAGGCGCCCGCACCACCUCCGACUCCGGCCACACCAGGUCGACCCCCAGCCGUGGCCCGCAGCCGAACCACCCGCUCCCGCCAGGAACUCCUGUACGAGGAAGCGAUGCGGUCCAACCAGGCCAUGUGCGAGGAGCUGGAGGCGCUCUUCGGGUCCCUCUCCGACUUAGAGGACGAGCCGACACCCACCGACAGCGCGGUCCCCGAGGCUCCGGAGGCACCCCUCGUGGCCGCGAACGCAGUUCCGCCAACACCACCGCCGACACCCGGAGUCCCCUCCAGCACCGGAAACGAGGACCCUCCGGCCACCAGCGCGGGCUCACCCGGCAGCGGACCAUUCCAGGGGUACUCGACUCUCCCCGACGAGGAACUCCGGGCAAUCCCCUGGGAACGGAUCCGGCCAGGCCAGCGUUACCGGCACCGCACCCCCCUCCGUACGAUCGUCGUGAAACGGCUGCGAACCGGCGAAUUCCGUGUAAGAUAA